AUGCGACUGAUACGACUACCUUGUUGUGUAGAUGGCGCAUACGCGCGAAUUCAAGGACAAGUGUUGGGCGGCAAGUUGGACUUCGCCAGCUUACGAACGGAGCUCGAGUACCUUGCAGGCACCGAGUUUACGGAAUGCUGGUAUUUUGACAGCCAACGUUUUGAUGCGCGAGGCAACAGCCCCCUUGCUGCUGAAUACCACGGGCUUAAAUUCGCGCGCCCAUUCGGACCACAGUUUCAAGUUGAGGUGUUUUCGACGAAGAAGUAUAAUUGCCGGUGCACGAAGUGCGGACAUCGAUUCACCCAGAACGUCCAAAAAGGCGUCGACAACGCGAUUGCUACAAAGCUUCUAACACUAACGACGCAGAACUACAUUGAUCGCGUGGUGUUGUUGAGUGGUGACGGUGACUUUUACACGUCGUUGGGCUUCGUUCGCAAUGCGCUGCGCAAGGAAGUAUGGGUUGUCGGCUUUUGCGGAACCGUGUCCGGGGACUUGCAGCAGCUAUCGACACGGCUUAUUUGGAUCAAUGACCUGUGGGGACGAACUAAGUAUAAUAUUUCGGUUAUGUCGAUUAUCACGAAAAGUGCCAUUAGCCAAAUGUGGGUCCUGGAUGUUGUUGCAGGCGAGGCAGGCGCCGGCACGACCUUCUACCUGGUGGCGGGCGAGUGGAGCGUGGGGCGCAAGCGCUGCCACUUCAACUUCCACGCGGACGCGUCCAUCUCGCGCACACACGCGCUGAUCCGCGUGGGGUCUCUCACGCUAGAGCAAUUGGGAGACCCGUCGACGAGGCCGGCGCUGGAGCUGGUGGACAUGAAGUCGCGCUUCGGCUCCUUCGUGAACCAGGAGCAGUGCUUCGGGACGCGGCAACUGCGGCACGGUGAUCAGAUCUCCUUCGGGGCCAAGAAGACGGUGCUGCGUGUGCGCUACCAAGUGUUCGUGCUCGUGGCCUCGCGCAUCCAGCGGGGCAGUCGACCGCAGGUGAACGACGCGUGCCAGCGCGUCGGCAUGCACUUAAUUCCAAGCGAGAGCAAGGAUGCCACGCACUGCGUUAUGGACCCUGGACGCAUUGUGGCCACGGUGAAGGUGCUGUGGGCUCUCGUGUACAACCAGCCGGUGGUGUGCACACCGUGGAUCUAUGCCAUUUUGAAUCGUUCGAGUCUAUCGGAGUCGUUGCCGCGCUGUGAAGAUUUCCUGCCGUCAGAUCCAUCGAUUCCAUCGGUGGAGAGCAGUUAUCUGCCGAAUCCACUGCGAAAGACGCUGUUUCAAGGAUAUGUGGUUGUGUUUCUGACCCCGCAGUCGAUGCAGGAGUUGAUUGCAGCCAUGGGCGGUGUUGUCGUUGCUGCGUACAAGCAGGAGGAGGACGAUGCACUGAUGCCAGAGCACGAGAAAGAAGAAGUGAAGUCAUGCCAAGAGGAUGAUGAUGUGGAAUCGGCAGAGGAUGUCGACGUUGCAGACGUAACGAUCAAGGAGAGCUCAGAACAGCAGACCGAUCCUAAUUACGAGAGCGCCGAGGUACGCGACACGAUCGAGGACACUGCCAUCAACAUUGUGCAAAUUCCGGUCAUGGUGGAGACCAAACGACAAGGUUCGUAUCUAUGA